AAGUGAUAAUUGUCAAUUGACAAAUGACAGAUGAUUACACUUUACAAGUGUUUACAAAAAUACAAAUAUAAAGUUGUAAAUUAUAUCUCUGACUAGUAUGUAUCUGUGUAAAUUAUGUAUGGGCAUUAAAUAGAUAGAUUUUCGACCAUUUAAAACGACACACAGUGUGAAGAACAAGAAGGUAUAGAGUUGAUAACUUAUGCCAAAUAAAGAAAACUAUGGCAUGCCUCCAGAACCUAAAGUUACAACUGGUCCUCUUCAGAGUAAGACUAACACCAAAAUAACACUUGCAACAGUGAAGCCAAGUCUGAAUAAGUACAUAUUCCAGGUACCCGCAAGGGACCCCACCAUGUCCCCCGGCGGGCCGCCGGAAGACGAGCGCACGGAGCUACUGGGCUCGCUAACCACGGAGCAGCAGCAGCGCACGAGCGCCAGGGUGAUCAAGAAGUUAAGGUUGGAGUCACCAGCCGAUAAGAGAGAAAUAAUAGAAUGCGAAACGCCAAACAAAAUAGACGACAAGGAUCCCCUGAAAUUUCCAACGGUGAAGCAGCGUAUGCCGAAAGCGCUCUGGUCCGCUGAUGAGAAGAACCUAUUCUUCGAGGCUCUGAACGAAUACGGGAAGGACUUCGACGCUAUCACUGCGUAUAUUUGCGGGAAAAUGAAGAAGAAGGGCAUGCCCGAUGGGAUCUUGAAGACGAAGACGCAAGUCAGCCAUUUUUAUUACAGGACCUGGCACAAGCUGUCGAAGCAUGUGCAGUUUGAUGAAAACGUGAAGAAAGUUGCGCAGGAGUUGUACGCGCUCAUCAACUACGGCGAACUGCGCCGCAAGCUCGCGUCCGUCAGCGAGAAGACGUGCGCGCGGCUCGGCGAGAUGGUGCGCGGCGGCAGCAUGGCGGUGCGCGCGCGCGGCCGCACCAUGCGCGUGCGCACGCCCAUGUGCCGCGCGCUGCGCCGCCUCAACCAGAUCACCGAACGCGCAUGCGGCACGCGCGUGUGCUCCCGCGCGCAGGUGGUGCUGCGCGCGCGCAACACGUGCGCGUGGGCGCGCGUGCAGGCGGCCGCGCACAACCCGCGAGCGGCGGUCGCGCUGCCGCUGCGCACGCGCCUCGCUGCGUUUAUACGCGCGCUCGAGAAACGGUGGAAGAGCUCGAACUACAAAAAGCAUGUUACACAGAACGGAAUAGACAAAGAAGCUCUGAACCCUGAAGAAUUUGAGAUGCACGGGAGCAAGGGGGAUGAGCUUGAAUCGCAUCUCAACUUGGAGACAGACAGGAUUAUAACACAAGAAAGGACAAAGCCAACGAAACUGGUCCUCCACCUGGGUCCCCGGCCUGGUGCAGAGAUCCACUUGCCGGUUCUGAGUCCGAGCGAACAGCUCUCCAGCCAGAAGAUCUGCUUCUCUUCAUAUCUGGAGAGGAUGGGGUCACUGCAUCGGGAUAAGGAUAGCGUAAAAAUAAGGACACCCAAACGGCAAAGAAAAGACAGCACAUCCGAAAAGGACAAAGAUGAUAAAAAAACAAAACUAGAUGACCCUGAAUCAAAUAAACUGAUCAACAUUGACGAGACCGCGAUAGACGGAAUAGAAUUGAUGGCGCAUUUUAAAAACAUACAUGACGACGAAGAAAAACCGAGUACUGAAGACGAAAAGGAUUUAAAAUCUGAGGAAACCGCAGAGGAAGAUGGUGAAAGAGAUCCAGAAAGAGAUAACAUUAUAUCAGAAAGAGAUAACGCUGCAUCAGAGAGAGAUAACGUUAUGUCUGAAAGAGAAAAGGAUAGCUUUUCGGAAAUGGAAGACGAAGAGAAAUAUAACAAGAGCGAUACAGAUAAUGAAAGUGACGGCAAGACAGACAAAGACAGCAAGUUUAAAAAUUUAAAGGUAAAGUUUCGAAUUCGCCCCAAGAAACGUGGCGGCAGCGUUUACACUCUGGUUCUGGAGAAAGAUUCCAAUGAUGAGGCCAAGAGUGAAGAUGCCAAGGUGGAGGAACACAAGUCAGAAGAAGACGUGAAACCAGUGAUAGACGUUGAGGCUGCGCUGAAGCAAAUACGAGCCGGCUGGGCGGAGCAUGAUGCGGCGGAUCUCACCAUCGGGGACCUGUAUCUCAUGUUCGGUUCACGUUCUAAACUCGAGCUGGAUUAUUGGUGGGCGGAGGCCACGCCCCCUUUGCCGCAGCCAAUCAGAUCGCUCAAGAGCUCGGAAAGCGACAAGCUGGACAAGGACAGACUGCUCGAUAAGAGGGAGAAGGGUAACAAGACACCGGAGAAGGGCGAUAGUUCGGUCGAGGAAGAGAGAGAGAGAAGCGAUACGGAUAUAUUUUCGCCGAAGAACACUUUCAGUCAAGACAGUAACGAUGGCAUGUCCGGCGAUGAGAGGAAACCAGGAGAAGCGCCAGCAUCCCCCGAGCACAAGACGGGCGCGCUGAAGUUGGUCAGUAAGCUGAUCAAUCGGCCGCCCACACAUCCGCCGCCGGACGGCUUCGCGCAACUCAGCGAUAGGUUGAAACGCCUGCUGGCCCUCGCGGGCAACAGCCACGUGGGCGCGGUCACCAACGCCACGGUGUCCAAAUGCAGCUGCGGACAUAUCUGCCCCAAGAAACAGAAACCACAGGCGUAUCCCACGCAGAUCCCACAGUUUGGGACCAAACUCAACGAGGGCUCAGUGUUCAGGCAUCCCACGCCCAUCGCGCCGAGGCCUAACCACGAUUGUCUAUCCCGGGGGCAAGUGAAUCUCGACGACUUGCCCCGGUUGAAAAAGCGAGGUCGGCCUCGCUUGGAGAGGGCUAGUCGAGUCGUGGUGCAGCGGCUCCUGCCCCUCCUGCCCAAACUGCCCCCGCCAAGUAAUUUGAUCCCGGUGAAGCUGGUGCCGAGCUCGGGCGCGGGCGCGGGGACGGGGACGGGGGCGGGGACGGGGGCGGGGGCGGGGCCGGGGGGCGCGCGCCUGCUGCCCCGCCCGCCCCCCACCUCCACCGCUGAUUUGUCUGCAUACUACGUGCUGAGCGAGUCGAACGGCCAAUUCUUCUUCCACGACGGAGACCGCCGCAUCCCCAUCAACCAGCCUGAUGAUGAUGAUGACAAUGAUGAAGCGACUCCAGAAGGCGAGUUAGAGUUAAAUAUAAAGAGUGAGCCGAGCAGUCAGAGCGCGGACACGUUGAAGUUAAAACAGGAGUCGAACUCGGAACCCGGCCAAGUGGGGAAAUCUGAACCCACUGAUAUCACUGGGUUUCUCCCAUCCGACUCCAUGUCGCUGUCACCAUCCCGGCUGCUGCGCGACGCGGAGGGUUGGCUCGAGGGCUCCGUGCAGGACUUCUCGCUGAGCAGCUUCCUCAACCAGCUGGAAGGUCGGCCGCACCCUGAGCUCACGGUGGAUUCCCAGCUGCAAUCCUUAAUGGCGGAGUCGAGUGUGGACUACGUCGCAAAGUUUGCGGACCUCGCGGCAGAAGUUACAGAUCAACCGGAUUUAAAUAACGAAAUGGCAUGAAUCACCCUAAAAUGAAAAGAUGCUUAUGAGAUGAUAUAUGAGAGAAUUAUGUACAUUUUUGGAUUUUACACACAUAUGAUGAUGUUAAAUAGCAUGGUUUUAAAUGUAGAUAAUAAUCAAACAUGUUUGUCGACCAAUUUGAAUUUUCAAUCUUAAUAAUUAGCAAUUAUUUUAUAAGCACAAAUAACAAAAAAUGAUUUUUAACCUAGGUUUUAAAUAGUACUAUUAUGUAUAAUGUUUUUACUGUUUUAUGUAUUUGUUCCUUGACUAAGUUUACCAUUAGGUACAUUUUUGUAUCAAUGAAAUUUAAUAAAGAUGAUUAU